UACAGUUAGAAGUCGUUAUGGAAUAUUAACAUUGUUUAUAUAUAGUUUCCCCGGAUAUUUGCUCCAUAUAAAUGUCGUGUUACUUUCUGUAAUAUGCAAUUGAUAUUCAUGAGCAAUUAAUAGUAGAUCCACCGCUAUAUAUAGCUGUUAUAAAAGGUGUUUAGUCAUUUUACUAGCCGUUGUGACACUUUGGAAUCUUCUAUCGCAACGGUGUAAUAUUCACAACUAGUAUGGUAUUACUUUUUUGUUUAAAUAUCUAUUAGAUCCAUUGUUUUAUAAUCGACAAAGCAAUAUGUAUCGACAAAAUUUGAGGUUGGAGCGGGAGUUAAACGAUAUACAAAAGGAACUUGAUGGACCUGUGGAUGCCCACACUGUUGAGAACAACAUUUUUAAGUGGAAAGGCUAUAUUAAAGGUCCUAUACAGACACCUUAUGAAGGUGGUCUAUUCAUUCUCAAUAUUGAUAUACCUGAUGACUAUCCAUAUAACCCCCCUAAAAUCCGUUUCGAGACCAAAAUUUGGCAUCCUAAUAUAAGCAGCGAAACUGGAGCGAUCUGUUUAGAUAUCUUAAAAAAUGAAUGGAGUCCAGCGUUGACCCUUCGUACAGCACUACUUUCAAUUCAAGCUUUAAUGUCUACACCGGAACCAGAUGACCCUCAAGAUGCGGAGGUAGCUACUAUGUAUCAAAGGAAUUAUGAUGAAUUCGAACGGACGGCGAAGCUGUGGACGGCAACAUUUGCACAAAAUCGAGGAGAAACAAGAGAAGGGAAACUGAAUACCCUACUAGAAAUAGGAAUAGAUAAGGGAAAAGCGAUUCAGGCAUUAGAAAGCUGCGGAUGGGAUACUACCGUUGCAAUAAACCGAAUUAUCGAUGGCGAUGGUGUCUAAUCAUACAAUAGAAUAAUCUA